AUGGUGUGGGGGAGCAACAAGAAGGCACUGGAUGGUGGAGACCCCAAGAAGGAAGAUGAAGAGGAGGAACAAAAAUUGGUGGACCCUCUGACUACUGUGAGGGAGUACUAUGAGCAGAUGGAGAAAUGCGUGAAGGCCCAAGAGUGGCUGGAGAUGUGUGCAGACCAUGUGUCUUUGCACCCCCACACUCAGGAGGACUGCACCGAGGAGCUCUUUGACUUCCUGCAUGCCCAUAGCUACUGGGUGGCUCACACACUCUCUGAAAGUGUGAAGUAA